AUGAACGGCCUCCUCUUCCUCGCCACCAUCAGUCUGCUGGUUGCGGUUCAGAUACAGAUGGGAGUCUUGGGAGAUAAUAAUACCAAUGUGAACCCUAACGUCGCCACUCCUCCUCGUCCUGCUCCUGUGACCACCAAGGUGGGAGCCCCAAAAACUUCUGUGGCCAAAAAAAACCCUCAGAAACCCCCAAAGGGUGGAGCCUCCUCACUCAUCGAUGUGGGUUCCCGCAGUUUCUUCUUCUUCGCCAACACCUUAAUGUGCCUCCUCUACCUCGGCUGA